AUUGGUAGGUACAUAUACAUUUGAAAUUUAAGAAUAUUCAUAAACAGUAUAUUUUUAACUAUAAUUUAAAAUGGGCGAAAACAUUAUAAGGGGUGAAGAUUUUAAAAAGAAAAUCGAUGUGCCUGGAUUGGGAUAUCUAUAUUAUCAUUGUCUUAAGAAGCAUGCUAAUCAAAACAAAUUGGCUCAGAUUCUCAGCAGUACUGACGAGAGAGACACAUACAAAUCCUUACUUGAAAGAUCCAUACGAACAGCCUUGUACUUGCAAAAAAUUGGAAUAAAAAAAGAUGACAUCGUAUGUCUAUAUGGACGGAAUCAUUUGAAUAGCUGUAUACCAUAUAUAUCAAGCCAUUUUAUCGGUGCCAUACCAGUUUGUCUUUCAAAUCCAGACUUGGAGGACAAUAAAAAGACACUUCUUGAACUUUUAGAACCCAAAGUAAUUUUUACCACUCCAGAGUACGUGGUUUUUUUAAAAGAACAAUAUAACAACUCAAGGGUUAUUGUGUUUGGGGAAUACGAAGGAGAAACAAAUUUUAGUGAUAUAAUAAAAACUCAACCAAAUGAAAACAGCUUUAAGCCAAUCGAAAUAGAAAAUAUCAAAGACACCGCCAUUAUAUUUUUUACUAGCGGCACCACUGGAGCUCCCAAAGCUGUAUGUAUAAAUCAUUUUUCCAUGCUAGCUUAUAUGUUUUUAGAAAAUUCGUAUGACAAUGCCGAUUUGGAUCUCGUUCAAUAUAUUUCGAGUAAAACGGCAAAUAUUGUAACGCUGGAUUAUCUCACAUUUUAUUCAAUUUCCACGGGAAUUUCUUUUUUUAAAUCUAUUUACAACGGAUAUACACGUGUGAUAUGGGAAUUGUUUAACCCCUCUCAGUUCUGGAUUUUAGUGGAUAAGUAUAAAAUAAACUACGCAUAUAUUGGACCAAUGAAUGCUUAUAAACUAUAUAAGACCACUGUUCCCAAUAACAUUGACACGUCAAGUUUGGCCUGGUUGCAUAUCGCCGGGGCACAUGUUUCAACAGAAUGUAUUCUGGCAUUAAGAAAAAUUUUGCAUCCAUUAUCGACUGUCGUUCAAACCUAUGGACAAACCGAAAUGAGUGGUUACACUACCCUUUAUAAUAUAUUGGACAAAACGCAUAGGAAAUAUUUUACGAAGAGACCUGAUGCAGUUGGAUUACCAGGAGAAGGCAUAUCGUAUAAGGUAGUACACUUGGAAACCAAUGAAAUUCUUGGCCCAAAUCAAAAAGGAGAAGUCCUUGUAAAGGGACCAAUGGUAAUGAAUGGGUACUACAAAAUGGACUCCAAGGAAUGUUUCGACCCUGACGGAUAUUACAAAACAGGAGACAUCGGUUAUUAUGAUCCCGAAAAACUUUUAUACAUCGUUGAUCGAAUAAAGGGAGUGUUUAAAGUUGGAUGGUACAGAAUACAUGCCAAUGAAAUCGAGGAUGUUGCUUUAAAACACCCAGCCGUCAUACAGGUCGCAGUUUUUGGUUAUAAGAAUUCAUACGGAAUAGUAUACCCCAGUGCGCUCAUAGUAAAAAUGGAAAAUUCCGAAGUAACAGUCGAAGAAAUCCGGGAUUUUGUUAAUUCUCAAGUUGAGGAUUAUAAAAAGAUAAUAGGACCUAUAAAAUUUGUUCAGGCGAUUCCUGUUACGUCAACUGGAAAGGUUAAAUGUGGAGAUCUUAGAUCUCUUUUAGAAAAAGUCUAAAUCUUAUAGUGAUAGGUUUAAAAUUAAAUAAAACACUUGGUGAUUUAAUCACAUUUAUGUUAAAGUAUUUUGAGCAUUUAACCACAGAAACUGAGGCAAUAACGCGGCAAAUGAUGAAUUCCAAGAGGUCCAACGUCUGUGGUUUACUGGUGUAGAGUAGCUACUUCAUAUAUCCCCACAGAAAAACUUCCAUAGGUGUGAUAUCACACAAUCGUAGAGGCAAACUCUUACAGUGAGUGAAAUUAUGAGCUCAUUGAAUGCUUUCUGCAAUACAUUGUUUGUGUCGCGAUACAUUGAUUAACACAAAUGGCAUAAUUAUCUUUCUAACAGCAUAAUAGUAGUAGUAGUAAUGUUUUAUUUAAUUUUAAAAUUUAAAUCUCUAUAAACACCUUGUUCUUAGAAAAGGUAUUUAUUAUAAUUUUAACAUACUAUAGGUAUUGUUUAUUUAAAGGCCUUAACCCUUAACUACUCGCGCCAAUUUUUGUAACAUAAGUGGUCGCGCGGUGCACUAAGUGCUCCGCUCCUUAAAAUGGCUAUAUUGCUGAAUGUUUUCAAUUUUAAUAUUACUUUUGCUUAUAUUCGG